GAGGAGACUCGGCGGCCGGAGCCGUCACCCCGGGCGGGGACCCUGCGCAGGCUACUACGCGCGGCUGCCCGGCGGAGGGAGGGAGCGAGCGGGCGGGCGGCGGCGGCGGCGGCGGCUGGCGCCUCAGGGGCCGAGCGAGAUUGAAACCAUGGCUGUGUGGAUACAGGCCCAGCAGCUUCAAGGUGAUGCUCUUCAUCAGAUGCAAGCAUUAUAUGGCCAGCAUUUCCCCAUCGAGGUGCGACAUUAUUUAUCCCAGUGGAUUGAAAGCCAAGCUUGGGACUCAAUAGAUCUUGAUAAUCCACAGGAGAACAUUAAGGCCACCCAGCUCCUGGAGGGCCUGGUGCAGGAGCUGCAGAAGAAGGCGGAGCACCAAGUCGGGGAGGAUGGGUUCUUACUGAAGAUCAAGCUGGGGCACUAUGCUACGCAGCUCCAGAACACGUACGACCGCUGUCCCAUGGAGCUGGUCCGCUGCAUCCGACAUAUUCUGUACAAUGAGCAGAGGCUGGUGCGAGAAGCCAACAAUGGUACUUCUCCGGUUGGAAGUCUUGCUGACACCAUGUCCCAGAAACACCUCCAGAUCAACCAGACGUUUGAGGAGCUGCGGCUGGUCACACAAGACACAGAGAAUGAACUGAAGAAGCUGCAGCAGACCCAGGAGUACUUCAUCAUCCAGUAUCAGGAGAGCCUGCGGAUCCAGGCUCAGUUUGCCGGGCUGAACCAGCUGAGUCCCCAGGAGCGUCUGAGCCGGGAGACUGCCCUCCAGCAGAAGCAGGUGUCCCUGGAGGCCUGGCUGCAGCAUGAGGCCCAGACACUGCAGCAGUACCGCGUGGAGCUGGCUGAGAAGCACCAGAAGACCCUGCAGCUGCUGCGGAAGCAGCAGACCAUCAUUCUGGACGAUGAGCUGAUCCAGUGGAAGCGGCGGCAACAGCUGGCAGGGAACGGAGGGCCCCCCGAGGGCAGCCUGGACGUGCUGCAGUCCUGGUGUGAGAAGUUGGCCGAGAUCAUCUGGCAGAACCGGCAGCAGAUCCGCAGGGCUGAGCACCUCUGCCAGCAGCUGCCCAUCCCCGGCCCAGUGGAGGAGAUGCUGGCUGAGGUCAACGCCACUAUCACAGACAUCAUCUCAGCCCUGGUGACCAGCACGUUCAUCAUUGAGAAGCAGCCCCCUCAGGUCCUGAAGACCCAGACCAAGUUUGCAGCGACGGUGCGCCUGCUGGUGGGCGGGAAGCUGAACGUGCACAUGAACCCCCCCCAGGUGAAGGCCACCAUCAUCAGCGAGCAGCAGGCCAAGUCGCUGCUCAAGAACGAGAACACCCGCAAUGACUACAGUGGCGAGAUUCUGAACAACUGCUGUGUGAUGGAGUAUCACCAGGCCACCGGCACCCUCAGCGCGCACUUCAGGAACAUGUCCCUGAAACGAAUUAAGAGGUCUGACCGUCGUGGAGCAGAGUCAGUAACAGAAGAAAAAUUUACAAUCCUGUUUGAAUCACAGUUCAGUGUUGGUGGAAAUGAGCUGGUUUUUCAAGUCAAGACCCUGUCCCUCCCAGUGGUGGUGAUCGUCCAUGGCAGCCAGGACAACAAUGCGACGGCCACCGUCCUCUGGGACAAUGCUUUUGCAGAGCCUGGCAGGGUGCCAUUCGCCGUGCCUGACAAAGUGCUGUGGCCACAGCUGUGUGAGGCACUCAACAUGAAAUUCAAGGCCGAAGUGCAGAGCAACCGCGGCCUGACCAAGGAGAACCUCGUGUUCCUGGCCCAGAAACUGUUCAACAGCAGCAGCAGCCACCUUGAAGACUAUAAUGGCAUGUCCGUGUCCUGGUCCCAGUUCAACAGGGAGAAUUUACCAGGGCGAAAUUACACAUUCUGGCAGUGGUUCGAUGGUGUGAUGGAAGUGUUAAAAAAACAUCUCAAGCCUCAUUGGAAUGAUGGGGCUAUUUUGGGUUUCGUGAACAAGCAACAGGCCCAUGACCUACUCAUUAACAAGCCUGAUGGGACCUUCCUGCUGAGAUUCAGCGACUCUGAAAUUGGCGGCAUCACCAUUGCUUGGAAGUUUGAUUCUCAGGAAAGGAUGUUUUGGAACCUGAUGCCUUUUACCACCAGAGACUUCUCCAUCCGGUCCCUGGCCGACCGUUUGGGGGACCUGAAUUACCUCAUCUAUGUGUUUCCUGAUCGGCCAAAAGAUGAAGUGUACUCCAGAUACUAUACACCAGUUCCGUGCGAGCCUGCCACUGCUAAAGCAGUGGAUGGAUAUGUGAAGCCACAGAUCAAGCAAGUGGUCCCUGAGUUUGUGAAUGCAUCUGCAGACUCUGCCGGGGCCAGCGCCACCUACAUGGACCAGGCCCCCUCCCCAGCCGUGUGCCCCCCUGCUCAUUAUAACAUGUACCCCCAGAACCCUGACCCUGUUCUUGACAACGACGGGGACUUUGAUCUGGAUGACACAAUGGAUGUGGCACGGCGUGUGGAAGAGCUCUUAGGCCGACCUAUGGACAGUCAGUGGAUCCCUCAUGCGCAGUCGUGACCCCCCCACCCCGUCUCCGUCUGCAGCUUCUUCAUCCUCGCCAGAGGAGUUACUCUUGUGGAUGUUUUAAUUCCAUGAAUCGCUUCUCUUUGGAAACAAUACUCAUAAUGUGAAGUGUUAAUACUAGUUGUGACUUUAGUAUUUCUGUGCAUGGUGGCACCAGUGAAGGGAGUGUGAGUGUGUGUGUGUGUGCACACGCGCGUGUGUGAGUUUGCACGUUGGGCUGUUUCUCCCCCUUGCUGUGCAGAGUUCAGUUGCAGCAUUGGGGCCACAAACAGAGGCUGUGGUUGUUUCAACCUUGUGCAAAAAGGCAGUAGUUCCACAAACCUUGGAACUUGGCCAUGUGUCUGCUCAAGUAAGAGAAGGACAUAGGGAGGAGAAAGUACCUCCUCUCUGUGAGGUUUGUCACUGUGUCUGCCAAGCAAUUGAUAUAUAACCGUGAUCCUCUCUGCUUUCCUUUGAAACGUACAAACUGCCUUUUGAAAAAGAAAGCCGUCCUCAUGCCUUCCCUCUCCUCCACCCCUGUUUUCCUGGGUAGGGAUGGGUAAAGAGGGAACGUAUAGUGAUUGUUGGGGCAAGGGAGGUCAUGGGUUGUCCGAUGGGUAGUGGCUUUUUAAAUAACACUUAACCCAUCUACAUGUUCUCUCCUUCACCCUCCUUCCUUCCACUCUGUGGAAUUCUGCUCAGCUCUCUGUGUGUAUACACGCACCCACACGUUUGAUGAAUUAGAGAGAGGGUCAUGUAACUACAGCUUACGACACUGACGUCCUUUGUGUCGUGGCUAGAGUGGAAGGCCCAUAGGCGCUGAGAAAGUUGCCUUGCUCCCUGGGACAUCUGCCCUCCAGUCUGCCCAUCCUUCUGCCCACGUGUGGUUACUGCGAGGCUUACUGAUGACGGCUGUUUGCACAUGGUGGUGUUUUAUUUCUAAAUUGAGACUUCUUGUUUUCCUCUUCCCACCCUCAUGAGACAUCACAGUUCUUUCUUCCUGUGGCGGGUCCUGUGCCAUUCAUACCCAAGUCACCUCGUUUCCUUUCACUGUUCAUACGGGCUGUCUUGGGGAGGGGGUGGCAGGAAUGCAGUGUGAACCCAGGGCCAACAUGUUCCUCGGUGUCAUUGCCCACUUGGUACGGGCUGCCAGGUGCCGGGCAUUGGUAGUUUGGGGAAAUGCAGUCAGUGGAUUUCCUGGGAUGUUUGGUAAGCUGCAAAAAACAAAAUGAAAACAGCUUCAGUAUAACGUUGUCCACAAUUUCUUCCAUAGCUUUAUAUCAGAUGGAAGGAAUGGGCUAUGGCAGUCAGGUGGGAAGCGAGGGAAGGAGAUCUAGCUUUUGGGGUAGGCCUACAAGGCCACUCACCCCUGCCCCCCCCCAAGAAUCAAUGACUGCACCCAGGAGAGAAUGGUCCUAAAAACCUUAUUUUUAUACAUGUGAGUAAAUAAACAUAUUUUUUUUACAAAAGUGACUUCUGAAUUUAUCAGUGUUUUGAUGUUAAAGGAAAAUAUUCCUCUGUAGUAAAUUAUUUAUUGGAAGAUGACUUUUUAAAAGCUGCUGUUUGCCCUGGCUUGGUUUCAUACACUGAUUUAUUUUUCUAUGCCAGGCAGUAGACUCUCUCUGCCUCUGAGGAGCAGGCCGACCCCUCCAUGAUACCAGCAUUGACAUAGGAUGCGGCUAAGCCCUUUACAUGCCCCUCAAGAUUUGAUUAAAAUUCUACCGUGAGGAUCAGAGCGGUGGGGAAAGGAGAAAAGGAAGCCGGACCGCUCUCGGACCCUGACCUGCCUGUCCCACGGGCUUCACCAACACUGGCCUGUGAGUGCUGCGCUGGGAGUUCCGGGGGCCCUGACAGGCGGGGCCUGACACCCCUUCAGCCUGGACCGGACCCAGCCCCCGGGAAUGCUGAGGGCAGAGUUUGCCCUUUACAGUUGGCACUGGGGUUGCGGGUACUGAAAAGUGUGGCUGCCCCGAGCGUAGGGGUCCUGUGCUUGUACAAUUGCUGAGCUGUCCUCAGUUUUCCUGAGGCGGUGCCUAGAGAUGGGAGAGAUUUUUGACUGUAAAGGUGUGCUUGCUAUCUGCGUUAUAUUUUCUCUUUUCUCCCUAUUCCUGCAAACCACAGAAGAGGCACUGGCAAGUUGUACACCUCUGCCUCUCACUUGCUCUCUCUCACUCACACACACAUACACACACACACACACACAUCAUCAAAAUAUUUCAAUGUGUGGAAUGUGCAGGGUUUUGUAGGGGGAUGGGGAGACUAAAAGUGAAUAUAACAAAGUAGAAGUAUACUUUUUAUAAUUUUUCUUUUUAAAACUUUGUGAAAUUAUUUCAGAUAUAUAUUUUAGUGUUGAGGCAGAUUACUAUAUGGCCAUCAAAAAAGUAUUGUGUACAAUUUGGGGCAGUCACAAAAUUGUGUAUUUUAUGUUAUAAUAAAGACUUCUUCCUCUGAAGGGACAA